GGAAGGGCCUCCCCAACAUGACAUCCAACUGCUGUGUCACCAAUACCUCGCCAGCUUCUGUCAAGGGCUGCCCUCGGCCUUCCUCCGUCUGCUCAAGCAGCAUGAGCUGCAGGCCCGAGCUGUGCCUGGGGUAUGUGUGCCAGCCCGUGCAGAGCCUGCCUUCCAUCUGCAUGCCUCCCAACUACCGGCCAGCCAGCUGCCUCUCCAAGACCUUCCUGCCCAGCUCCUGCAGGCCCAGCAGCUGCUGGCCGGCCGGUGGCAUCUCCAGCUCCAUGGGUACCUAUGGCUGGUACUAUGAGGGCUCCUUCAACAGCAAUGAGAAGGAGAUCAUGCAGGCCCUGAAUGACCGCCUGGCCAGCUAUCUGGAGAAGGUGCGUCAGCUGGAGAGGGAGAACGCUAGCCUGGAGAGCAAGAUCCAAGAGGCCAGCCAGUCCCAGGUGCUCACCCUGUGUCCUGACUAUCAGUCUUAUUUCAAGAUCAUCGAGGAACUCCAACAGAAGGUUCUGUGCACCAAGGCGGAGAACGCCAGGAUGGUUGUGCACAUCGACAACGCCAAGCUGGCUGCUGAUGACUUCAGGACCAAGUACGAGACGGAGCUGUCCCUGCGGCAGCUGGUGGAGGCUGACAUCAAUGGCCUGCGCAGGAUCCUGGACGAGCUGACCCUGUGCAGGGCCGACCUGGAGGCCCAGGUGGAGUCCCUGAAGGAGGAGCUGCUGUCCCUCAAGAGGAACCACGAGGAGGAAGUCAAUACCCUCCGAUGCCAGCUUGGAGACCGUCUUAACAUCGAGGUGGAUGCUGCACCCCCUGUGGACCUGACCAGGAUGCUGGAGGAGAUGAGGUGCCAGUACGAGACCAUGGUGGAGAGCAACCACAGGGACGUGGAGGAGUGGUUCAACCUGCAGAUGGAGGAACUUAACCAGCAGGUGGCCACGAGCUCAGAGCAGCUUCAGAACUACCAGUCGGACAUCAUUGAUCUGAGACGAACAGUGAACACGCUGGAGAUUGAGCUGCAGGCCCAGCACAGCCUGAGGGGCUCUCUGGAAAAUACACUGGCCGAGACGGAGGCCCGCUACAGUUCGCAGCUGGGCCAGAUGCAGUGUAUGAUCACCAAUGUGGAGUCCCAGCUGGCUGACAUCCGCUGUGACCUGGAGCGGCAGAACCAGGAGUACAAGGUGCUGCUGGAUGUCAAGGCUCGGCUGGAGUGUGAGAUCAAUACCUACCGGGGCCUGCUGGACAGCGAGGACAGCAAGCUGCCCUGUAACCCUUGCUCCACUCCUUCUGGCCAAUCUUGCACGCCCUCACCCUGUGUGCCCCGCCCCGUCGGGGUGCCCCGCACCUUCUGCGUGCCCUGCUCGCCCUGCACCCCAGGCCGCUACUAAAGUUUCUCAGCGCGGUGGAUCCUGGAAGGACCGGAGCUGGGGGGCCUGGUGCCUCUCAGGCUGAGCCGGACCACCGUUUCGUGGCCAUCAGAGGAUCAGGGCCAGCCUCCGCCCGCGGAGAUGACCCAGAGCAGGACCUGAAAGCGGACCACCCGCAACGCGUCCUGAUACCACAGGGGGCGCCCUUGCCCUCGACGCUUCAAAACUGCCUCCUCCAUUUCGUGGGGCAAGCUGUGCUGUUUGGUGAC